AUGGCAAAAUGCUUCGCUUGCUUUGUUCUCUUAGCUCUUAUCGCAAGCUGUGCUCUCGGUCAAGCUCCAAGCUCCGCCCCAACCAGGUCACCACCGUCUUCUACAACUCCAGCUCCCACGGUUUCUCCGACCACCACUCCCACCGCUACACCUAUCGCCUCGCCGCCAUCAACCGCCACUUCUCCAUCUUCCGCCCCUGAAUCUUCUCCAACUUCCUCUCCCCCGGCUCCUCCUACGGCUCCUGCUGGUUCUCCCACCGCUGGUGGUCCUUCCACUGGCCCUGUACCUCCAUCUACCAUCAGUGAUACACCAGGAGUGUCUCCGACUUCUCCUAAUGCCGCCGAUUUGAACAUAGUUACAGUCGCUGGAUCCACCGUUGUAGCGGUUUUCGCAGCCGCUGCUUUGUUCGUUUAG